GCGACAAAGAAGCUCAGCGCGCGUGUUUUGAGAAUGGUGCCUUCGGUGCUUAUCCGCAUGUGCGCAAGGUCAGGCCUGGCACAACAGAUAUUGAAGCCAACGGCGCACGUAAGUCUGGCCCGAUAAACGAGAAAGAUGCAGAUCUCCACGAUCAGUAUCCGACCCAGCAAAACUUCCACAGCAUUGGUGUCUUCGGCGCGUACCAACUCAUCUGAGACGCCGAUGGCCCGCCACCGCUAUCCGUCGCUUGACUACCUACGCAAGAUGCUACUGUACUCGCUACUGUGCUUGUUGGCGAAGGCACUGACUGCAAAUCCGUGCUUCCGCUUCGCGAUGCAGUAUUGCCAGUUGCGAGUGCCUAAUGCGCUGAUCCUGUUCGCCAAGUGGAGUCGACCAUCCGAGGCUCUCUUCUUCUCGUUUGUCUAAGUCGCCACGAUACAAUUAUUGCUACGAGUGAUGAUCUGGAACCAGCAGCGAAUAGCAGGAUCGAGUUGAGGAGCUCCAGGGAAACAACUUGAUUGUAUUUAUGCCUUUGAAUAUUAUUUUAAUUGCCAACAUGAACUACAUCCAUGGGAUCACCUACA